AUGAGAAUGCUGAUUUUGGUAUUUCUAACAAUUCAAACUACGUUUUCAAAAAUUGUCGAAAGCGAUAUUCUUGUCAAUGAUCUGAAGAACUUUUCGAACAAAAGAAGAUCGGAAUUCAUAUCAUUGGAUAGUGUCUCAAGAUCAAAGCGUCAAGUAUCAACAGUUUAUCCAAAAUGGACCGACAAAACUCUUUACUAUAUUUUUGAUUCAAAUAUUUCUGAUGAGAAAAAAGCUUUGUUGACAACAGCGAUGCAAAGGAUUAUGAAUAACACUUGCAUCAGAUUUGCUGAUGGAUCUUCGCAAACAAAUCGUGUCAAAUUCACAAAGUAGGUUAUCUUGCUUUCCCAAAAAAUAGCAACUUGAUUUAAAAAAUAUUAUAGUGGUGAUGGUUGCGCUUCUUAUAUUGGAAUGAUUGGGGGAACUCAACCAAUAUAUUUCGAAGACACUUGUAUGUUAACUGGAAUUGGAAUUCAUGAAAUCAUGCAUGCUUUGGGUGUCUAUCACGAGCAUUCGAGAUAUGAUCGAGAUGACUACAUUACAAUUAAUCUUGCAAAUGUUCCUGCCAGCUCGCAAUCAAACUUCAAAAAGAUUUCAAGUCAAGAAAGUUACAAUCCCUAUAGUUUUGAAUAUGGUAGCACAAUGUUGUAUUCAGUGAAUUCUUUUGGAACUGGAAGUAUGUCUGCAAAAAAUAGUGAUUAUUCGAGAACUAUGGGAUUGAGAAAAGGAUCAUUUUUGGAUAUGAAAAUACUGAAUACUGAUUAUGAUUGUUCAUGUCCAAGUGAUCCAGGUUGUCAAAAUGGCGGUUAUCCAAACCCAAACGAUUGUUCGCAAUGUCUUUGCACUGAUGGUUUUGGUGGAGCAUUGUGCACUGAAAAUGCUGCAAAUCAAGUCACAUUCACUGCAUCUAACACUUAUGUGACAAAAAGUAUCAAUUUUGGAUUGAAUCAAACAAUUACAUCAUUCUAUCAACCAUCAAUUGCAAUUUAUGCGCCAUCUGGAAAAACUAUCCAAUUUAGAUUCACAUCAUUGUCAAAUUUCUAUUGUAUGAAUGGUUGUAACAUGAAUGGCGUUGAAGUGAAAUAUAUGACCGAUCGGAGAAUUACAAAUCCAAUGUGAGUAUUCUUAGAACAUUAUUGAACUAGAAAAUGAUAAAUUUCUUUCCUUUUUUUUAGCAUUUGUUGCUUUGAUAACGAUUUGUGGUCAAGACUCUAUAGCACAACAAACAAUCCGCUCAUUAUAAACCUUCAUACAAGAGUUGCUGUUCAGAGCACAGUUAAAUUCCAAUUCCGUUAUAUUUGA